GCGCCCCGCUCCCGGCCCCGGCCGGCCAGGGAAGCGGCCCCUCCCCGGCCGCCCGCGCGCCCCUCCCGUUACACCCGGGGGAAGGUGUUCCCGAGACCGCUCCCAUCCUCACCCCGCCUCCCCGCUUCCCCGGCUCCAGCCUCCGCCGGCGGAGCUCCACUAUGCCAGACAGUUUCGACACUUUGCAAAGACAAAGACCAGAGCGAGGAGGAAGAGGAGGACGAAGAGGAAGAGGAGGAGGGAAAGGAGGAGGGAGCGAUGUGAGCUGGGAGGGGGGCGAGAGUGUUCGGGACACCCCCUUUAUUCUUCUCGGAGCCCCUCAUCCCCAAAGCGGCGGAAACUCCAGCGUGUCUCCAGCUGCGAUGAAGACACGGAGUCUCAGAGAGGUUAAGGAAUUCCCCUGAGGUCACACAGCUGAUGACUGACAAGCCUCAGUGCCUCCAUCAGGCACGCUGUUUAAAGGCCACAUAUCUGGUGACAGCAUGGGAAAGACCCGCUUCUAAUUAAGCAUCAUCACCCAUCACCCUUUCCAGAGGACAGUGGCCAAGACGGCGUCCCUCUGUACCACACUGUGACCCUUCCUCCAAGGUCCUCACCCCUGAGAGUCCCUGUACUGUCACCAAGAUUAAUUACCCCUCAACCCCUUUGGAUGGGAAAGGAAGUCAUUUUAUUAAGCUUGAUUAAAGCUUCGAGAGACAUCAUCGGCUGUUUCAGGACUGCAGACAAAGCAGCCUACUUAUUUCCUGAAAAGACCAAUUAUAUGCAAGAAGUGCCACCCCCCCCCCCAGAGCGGGGCUCUCAGCCUCCAGCCAUCACGGGGUGAUGUCCCGCACACCGGUGUGGCCGUCGCCUGUUGGGAGUGAAGUUGGCGCUAGCAGGCCUAGGGGCCCCUCUGGGAAUCCCUGCCUUGCCUUGUGACUGAGCCUCCAUCUCCAGGAUUUUUUUCUUCCAAAUUCGCCCUCGACCAGGCGCGAUUUCCUCCAGCGCAGCCAGCCCCGGGACGCGCCCAUCCAGAUAGCAGAAAUGGUGACCAUGAGAAAGAGGACUCUGAAAGUGCUCACCAUCCUCGUGCUUUUCAUCUUCCUCACCUCCUUCUUCCUGAACUACUCCCGCACCAUGGUGACCACCACCUGGUUUCCCAAGCAGAUGGUCGUCGAGCUCUCAGAGAACUUCAAGAAGUUCAUGAAAUACACGCACAGGUCUUGCACCUGUGCGCGCUGCGUCGGCCAGCAGAGGGUGUCGGCCUGGUUCGACGAGCGGUUCAACAGGUCCAUGCAGCCGCUGCUGACCGCCCGGAACGCGCUCUUGGAGGAAGACACCUACAGCUGGUGGCUGAGGCUCCAGCGGGAAAAGCAACCCAAUAACUUGAACGAUACCAUCAGGGAGCUGUUCCAGGUGGUGCCUGGGAACGUGGACCCCCUGCUGGAGAAGAGGUCGGUGGGCUGCCGGCGCUGUGCCGUGGUGGGGAACUCCGGCAACCUGAGGGAGUCCUGGUACGGGCCACAGAUCGACAGCCACGACUUCGUGCUGAGGAUGAACAAGGCCCCCACAGCGGGCUUUGAGAUGGACGUCGGGAGCAAGACCACGCACCAUCUGGUGUACCCCGAGAGCUUCAGGGAGCUGGCGGAGAACGUCAGCAUGGUCCUGGUCCCCUUCAAGACCACCGACCUGGAGUGGGUAGUCAGUGCCACCACCACGGGCACCAUCUCUCACACCUACGUUCCUGUCCCUGCAAAGAUCAAAGUGAAAAAGAAUAAGAUCCUGAUCUACCACCCGGCCUUCAUCAAGUACGUCUUCGACAGCUGGCUGCAGGGCCACGGGCGGUACCCAUCCACGGGCAUCCUCUCCGUCAUCUUCUCGCUGCACAUCUGUGAUGAGGUGGACUUGUAUGGCUUUGGGGCAGACAGUAAGGGGAACUGGCAUCACUACUGGGAGAACAACCCGUCGGCGGGGGCUUUUCGCAAGACCGGGGUGCACGACGGAGACUUUGAGUCCAACGUAACGGCCACCUUGGCGUCCAUCAAUAAAAUCCGGAUAUUUAAGGGGAGAUGACGCUGCCAAGGAGCCCCGGAGCCCGCCUCUCCGUGGCCAGCCCCAGCCUCUCGCUGGAGCCGUUCUGACCCUGGAGCUUUGAGGGCCGGCCUCGGGGCUGUGUUGAGGUGCCCCUCGUGGCCUCUUGCACCCCAGCAUUUGGCAGCAUCUACUCCGCAGGGCCCCCGAGCCCUGCCGGCUCUGCAGAGUGAGUCCCAGAACUGGUCUUGAAUGGGGAGACCCCCUCAGUGCUGUCCUGGAGCUGGGGGAAAGUGGGGACACGCGGGAGAGGUCCAGUCUCCAAGCGCUCAAGUCAUUUUGGCUUCUGGGGAGGGGCAGAUACAGAAGAUUCUGUGUUUCCGAGUGAAGGACAGUUUCCCAGGGAGGGCAGGCAGAAACUUUCCUCUGUCCGGGGGUCCAAGACUGACUCCCACACUCUGAUUCUUGCUGGGAUCUUUCUGAGUGAGGCUGACCUCAGGACAGAGCCCCAUCGGACCACGUGGACACUGGGGGCGAGAUGGUGCCUUUCUUUGCACACUACUUGGCCCGUCCCUCACUUGGCGUGACAACCCCCACUUUGCUGUCUUCCCAAAGCUCCUUUCUGGUGGCCAGGAGAGGCUCCCCAGCCCAAAGGUCUUCAUAGACACUUGGCAAAGUGUUUUGGACUCCAGUGGAUGUCUUCUUCCCAAGCUGAUGUUUCCUUGAGAAAGCGAUCUCGGUGGCAGUCAUCACGGCUGAGAGCAGAUCUGACUACUUCCAUGUGCCUUUGUGUUUGGGGGAGAAAUGUGUGCAUUGGCUGAAAUAAGGCAAAAGCUUUGACUGGGGAACGGCCCCCCCCCCCGGCAUCAUACACCCUCGCUCUAGAGCUGGGGACAUCUUUUCUAGUUUCCCGAGGCGGCGCCUGAGCGGGACAAAGCUAGGGAUGAUACUCAGCGCUGUCCUGAGGCAUCAGCCGGGGCCCGUCAUUCCGAUGUUCACGGACUGUUGGAUUUGGUGCCCGUGACCUUCCAAGGCCACACACGACCUCCACCAGCCAGCACUUUCUCCAGGAGCCCACGCUCUGGGCCAAGUCCCUACUGGCCACAUGCAUGGUGUCCUGGGGGUUGUAGGGCCGUCCCAGGAGCGUGACCUUCAGGGCGGGGAGAAGACAUACCUCAUCCUCUCACUCCCAGGCUGUCCUGAUUCGUCCUCAUCAGCCUACCUGAUUAUUUAUUGAUUUUUUUUUUUUUUUUUUUUUUUUUUUUUUUUUGGUAAUUCAGCUGACAUAGCGUGCACUUUGUGGCUCUGUGGCUGGUCCUGAUGUUUUCAUGAAGCUUGCUCUUGCUUCACCUGGCAGCCAGGGCAUGGGGAGCUUAAAUGAAGGUUUGUGGGAAUCCUCAGACUUGGGGUGGUGGCCUCUAGGGCUUGGGGGUUCACUGCUCGACAGAUCCCGGGGUUUCGGGUUGGUAGGUUGGUGAAGUGCUCCAUACCUCCUUCCCUUCAGCUCCACCUUCUUUCUCUUUCCUCAUGGACUGGGUUCUGUCUCAGGCUAAGAAUCUCCAAAACGCAACGGGCCCAGUGGGGAGUGGAGGCCCACGCAGGACAGUGAUGCUUGGUUCCAGUUACUGACAUUGAAGCGGAGAAACCACUUUUCCUGUCGAGAGCAUUUCUUAACAGCCCACUGCGACUUUGUGGACAUGUGACAGUGUCCUGGCAGAGUGGGAAGCAGGCCAGUCUCGGGAGCCAGGGGGCCUGUCUCCUGAGCUCCUGGCCGCACUCUGGCGAGCCCUAUUCUCCCAGCUUCAGUCUCUCCCUCUGCAAACAGGGAGGGAGGAGUUUGGGGAGCUCAGGGGCCACAGGUGGUGUCAGGCAGUUGACAGGUGUCCCCAGAAAUAGCAUGCCAUUUUAGUGUUUUCUCCCCCAAGCCUGUGCAUAGGAGUAUUUUCCUGGGGAGAGGUUCUGUAGCUUUUCCUAGAUUCUGAAUGAUUCAGAAUCCAGACAGUGGCUUACAAAAAACAAGAUCACCACAAGCCAACAAACAAAAGCCUGUUCCAGCUUUAAAAUCCUCCAAAAUGUAAGACUCUUUUGACCGAUAAAGGCUCGUACGUCACUAUGAGGUCAUCGUUCUGAUCAUAAGUCCCCAAAGACUGUGGGUUGGUGAAUUCAUCCCUUGAGAAAAGUGCCCCCCGAGACAGGGAGCAGAGUGGACUUCUGAGUGAGUCCUCGAGUGCUGGGAGCUGAGUCCAUUCAGAGCUGAGAGGUCAGAGCACACAGUCUGCGUCGGGACUUGGUGGAGUCGGAGCAGGUCCCCAGAGCGAGCAGAGCGAGGAGGGCUCUGCGUCGUGUGCGGGCUGCCUGGCUUGGCUGUGGGGUCCUGGCCGUCCCUCCCUCCCUCCCACUAGGCCAUCCAAGCUGUGGAGAGGCCUUCCCGCCUGCCUUCCCAUUUCACAGACGAGAAAAGCAAGGCCCAGAGAAGGAAUGUGACUUGCAGAAGUGAACCAAUUGUGACAGCGCAAGUCACACAUUCUGAGCAAAAAUAGAACAUCCUUGGCUCCGUGUUUAAGACAUCCUGGGGUGGCCUUCCCCAGCUGGGUUCCAUCCCGCAUCUCCAAGACCUGGUGGAAGCUUCUGGCAGCUCCGCCUCUCACCACUGGGCUCCUCAGGCUGCCCGUGGUGGCCCUGGCAAGCUCUGGUGUCUGCCUUUUCCUGCCACCCCUCCUGCGGGGGAGACAGCCUUGCUCUUCCCACCGCCCCAGCAAACAUCUCUUUGUGCUCAUUGGCUUAGCCAAGGGGUCCUCACCAAAGAGCGCAGAUCAUUGUGGCUGGGACUGAAUGCACUGAUGGGCUUACCUGGGGUAAGGGUACCUGAGACUCAGACAAAAGCAUUGUCCACAGAGCAUUUGGCCUGUUGUGGACAGGAUAACGAGAACCGCCCCCCGCCGCCCCCAGAGGAGGCUCUCGAGUGUCCGCCCCAUCGCUGGACUCCCAGCCUAGGCUUCUGCCUGCCCCUCAGGCACAGAGCUCCUUGGACCAGUCCUGGCCCUGGGUGGGGGGAUCAGAGAUGUCCCUGCCUGCCGUCAGUGCUGAGCCUGAAGCCAGAAGACUGGGGCCAGGGAGGGAGAGAGAUCUCAGCACCCCCCCGAACCCCGUGGAGCCAGGAGACUCAUUUUUCUGGAGCUGGAGUUACCUCAGCAAAAUCAACACCUGGUUCCACAUGCUCCCCACCCCCCGCACCGCCCCGCCCCUGCGUCACCCACCUGAUACGGCAGAGAGCAGGACAGGUUUGUAGCGUCUGCCUUCCAGAACCAUCGGGCAGAAAAGAAAGUUCUUAAAGCGAUGCUUUUAAGGGCCUGGGCUUAGUGGGAGAAUCCAGAUUCAAGAAAAUAGGACUGAAAAUGGGGAAGCCAGACAAGAAGGUGGGGAGGGCGAUUCUUGUAAGUGCUGGGGGCCAGAGGCCUGGGCCUCUGGGUCCUGUGUGGAGUGGAGUCACAGGGAAUAUUUAGAACUGUGAUGUUUGCUCUAACAAUUUUCUUCAAGGCAGCCUGAACACAAAGAAGAAUGGACAAUAGAAAAGAACUCACCAUCCCCGGCCUGGGUAUGACCAAAAACGUUUUCUCCAGGGGAGCGCAAGCCCAAAGAUGGCAGGCCGCGGGCCACGUGCCAUCGGGGACGAGCUGCGCUCCUUGUCCCUCCAGAGAGCUCGGGGUCAUCAUCGUGUCCGUCGGGGACAUCUGGUUGGAAGGAAACGUGCCCACAGGCCACUGGCUGGUUAUCCACCCCUGUGGUCUGGGCUGAAGGGUUUUGAGAGAGAGUCUGCUUUCCUCUCGGCCCUGGUGUCCAACUUGACCCCGCUGCUCGGCUUCUCGCAAAGGACAGGACUGCCAUGGGUGCCCACCUGCCAACGGCCCUGAGCCGGACCCCGGCUUUACCCUGCAACCGUGUCAGGAGGGGCCGCCCCGGGGGAGGGACGCACCCUCACCUCACCCGAUUCACGUCAAAGCCAAAGUUUCCUGAGCACUUUUUGUUCUUUGCAAUCAUGUUUGGUUCGUUGUUGGUGUUUUAAAUUUUGCUUUCUUGUCCCUCUUGCCUUGCUCCCGUGUUUGUGCGGUAGCUGAGCACUCCUCUGGAUGCAUUUUGAAUGAAGUUAGCAAGAGUCUGCCUUCCUCAGCCUCUGCUCAGUUUUAUUUAUUGUGGAAUAUUUCCAAUGAUCCAAAUCAAAGUGAAUUAAAACAAAGCUAUUUUACCGUU